CCAGUCCCUCAUUUCCUGGUUAAACAUGGCGGAUGAGAAUGAGACAGCACCGAAGCCGGAGAAAAAAGAGGAGCUAGAAGAGGACCACGGACACUGCAGCGACUGCGAAAAUGAAGAGCACCAUUUUGACGACGGGGAAAAGGGUGACACAGGGGCCAAGAAGAAGAAAAAGAAACAAAAGAAAAAGAAGGACAAGUCUGCAGGAAAGGACUCUGCACAGGACCCAUUGGCCAAAGUAAACUCUUUACCUGCUGAUAAGCUUCAGGAGAUCCAGAAAGCCAUCGAGCUCUUCUCAGUGGGACCAGGACCAGCCAAAACCAUGGAAGAGGCAUCCCGUCGCAGCUACCAGUUCUGGGACACUCAGCCUGUCCCGAAACUAGGAGAGAUGGUGACUUCACAUGGUUGCAUUGAGCCUGAUAAAGAUAGCAUCCGAGAGGAGCCGUACAGCCUUCCUCAGGGUUUCAGCUGGGACGCUCUGGAUUUGGGCAACCCCGGUGUGCUAAAAGAGCUCUACACUCUCCUGAAUGAGAACUACGUGGAGGAUGAUGACAACAUGUUCCGCUUUGACUACUCACCGGAGUUCUUGCUGUGGGCUCUCCGCCCCCCAGGCUGGUUGCCACAGUGGCACUGUGGUGUGAGAGUGAACUCGAAUCAGAAACUAGUGGGCUUCAUCAGUGCCAUCCCCGCCAACAUCCGCAUUUAUGAUAUAGAGAAGAAGAUGGUAGAGAUUAACUUCCUGUGUGUGCACAAGAAGCUGCGCUCCAAGCGUGUGGCUCCAGUCCUGAUCCGAGAAAUCACCAGACGGGUCAACCUGCAGGGCAUCUUUCAGGCUGUCUACACUGCAGGAGUGGUACUACCCAAACCAGUGGGCACUUGCAGGUACUGGCAUCGGUCCCUGAACCCACGGAAGCUGAUUGAGGUGAAGUUUUCACAUCUGAGUCGGAACAUGACUAUGCAACGCACCAUGAAGCUAUAUCGACUGCCGGAGGCUCCCAAGACUGCAGGCUUGAGGCCGAUGACUGUAAAGGAUAUCCCAGCUGUGCACCGCCUGCUGCAGGAGUACCUGCGUCAGUUCAACCUGGCACCCUCCAUGAAUCAAGAGGAGGUGAAGCACUGGCUUCUUCCUCAGGAGAACAUCAUCGACACCUAUGUGGUGCAGAAUGCAGAGGGGAAGGUGACCGACUUCUUGAGUUUCUACACCCUGCCGUCCACCAUCAUGAACCACCCAGUGCACCGCAGUCUGAAGGCUGCCUACUCCUUCUACAAUGUGCACACAACCACGCCGCUGCUUGACCUGAUGGGAGACGCACUGAUCCUAGCCAAAUCGAAAGGAUUUGACGUCUUUAAUGCACUGGACCUGAUGGAAAACAAGACCUUUCUGGAGAAGCUGAAGUUCGGUAUUGGAGAUGGGAACCUGCAGUAUUAUCUCUACAAUUGGAAAUGUCCCAGCAUGGGUUCAGAGAAGGUUGGACUGGUCUUGCAGUGACCCCCUUCCAUCAUGAAGCCCUUCCUUUCGUCAUAGUGAAGCCAAGUUAUGACAUCAUGCACUGACCACCUGACAGAAACUACAGAGGGACUUCCAGGUUUAGGAAGAAAAAGCCACCGCCCAUUUUCUUUCUUUCUAUUUUUUUUUUUUCUUUUCCUUCUUUUUAUUUCUGCACUUGAACUUUUUGGACCUGCACUGCUGCUGCCAGGCCGAGAGAACUGUUUCUUUUCUUUCUUUUUUUUUCUUUCCUUUCCAACUUUCUUUCUUUCUUUACAUCUCCCUCCAUACAGGGAUCUGAAGCCACUGUAAUUACCAUCAUCGGGCAACAACACAAAGCUGUUGCGGUUGUCAAUUGUAUUCAGUAAUGAGCGAUAGUACACACACUCGAGCAGCUGAUACUCCCUCACACAUACUCCCAUGAUGCCAACAAACAUUAAUAACACUUGUACUUACAUGCUGACACAGUCGACAGACUUCCCAUAUACAGCAGGGUUUUUUUCUCCCCGUCCAUAAUAAUCUGGGAGGCGCUUUUGCAAGAAAAGUAUUAAAAAAAAGGACAAAAAAAAACAAAAAAACUAAUCUUUGUCGUCCUCCCUCAGUGUUUGUGACAAAAAUUGUAACAAUACAAUCAAGAGCACCAGAAAAUACCUUAAUAAAUGAGAAAAGCCAACAAAAGUCAGAAUAAGGUAAUACAAUCCAAAGUGUGGACGUUACAAGGGCUGCUGUCGAUAAUUUGACUUUUUUUUUUCUUUUUUUUUUUUUUUAAGAUUAUUCUUUCAUUCUCUCUGUUAUUGUCAUAAAACUGUAUUAUUGUUGGGCUUUUUUGGAUUCAUUUUGACUAGCUGAUGUGGUACUUGCAAGAGAGAGAGAUUUUCUUUUUUCUUUUUUUUGUGUUGUCUUUUAGUCUUUUGCUUUUCAUGAUCUCUUUCUAAUCGGAUCUAAUGGAUCGCUGCUUCAUCACUAACUGCCUGUGAUUCCUGUUCACUGUAAUGCCAACAGAGAAGAAGCCCUGUGUAAAUAAGCCAAUAACGAGUAACACCAAUGUAAUAUCAAUAAAACGCUGACUGACUGCUAGGAGUCCAGAAAACCAUGGACCUGUGGACUAAUAGAAGAAUUUCUGAGGGCAAAUCAUCAUGACUAAGGCAUGGAUCUGUGAGAGUGGGAUGGAGGGCAGGAGACGGGUCAGGGGUUCGGGAAGCGGGUGGGGGAAAUAUUUAAUGUAUUUGAGAGUGAAAUAUGAUGAGUUUUGUGGGGACUGGUUUGGGGGCGUUUGGGGGGUAAAGUCAAUAAGUCAAAAUCUAAUAACCUUAAAUAAUUGGCAGUUCUUCAUAAAAUUCUACUGCUAUAGAAAAAAACAUUGACUAGUAUUUGAGUUGAGAACAUGCACUUUGAACAUUUUGGCCUGGCAUGUGUUCUCUUUCUUUUUUUUUUUUUUUUUUUUUUUUUGGCUUAAUUCAGUAUUUUAGACAGGAACCAAGAGCAGUUCUACUGUUAAGAUUUAAAGGUGGGGUAAAUGGUUCUUUGAGUGUUGCAGUAGAGCAAACACUUUUUUUCAUAAAGAGCCAUGAGGUGGUACAAAAAUGCUUAGUUUUUGAACCCAAAGUGUUUUUUUUCCUGUAGCAUCACUCAAAGAGCCACUUGUUAUACCUUUUUAUUUUAAAGAGUGUAUAGCAGUAGAGUUUUGUGACUGUUAACUGUUGUCUACUGAGGUUCUGUUGUGAACCGUAUAGAGAACAUCAUCAUCAGAUGAUUUGAGCUGAUGGUAACGGUUGAAAACACAAUGUGGUCUUUUGGUUUUCAUGACUGAGAGGAAACAAACUGUCAAAAAUUGAGAUUUUUUUGUGCUAAAUAAAAGUAGACAUUGCUGUGAGGA